GCACACAAAAUUCCGAGGACCAACCUGAUGCGUUAUAUUGCAGCAUUUGAUGGUGCGAGCAUCGACGUUACUACUGCCAAUGCCGAUGUAAUGAAGAAUUUGCUGGCUGAAAGCACGACGAUGGGCACAAAAACAAUCUUCAACAUCGAACAAGAGAAGGCGCUGAUAAGCUACAUUCUCCAGGCCAGCGACAUCAACUAUGGAAUUAGUUUGAUGGAGCUUCGUAAGCUCUCGUAUGAAUUUGCUCGGAAAGUUGGCGCGUCGUAUCCGGAUCCAUGGAACGACAAUCAACAGGCGAGUAAGGAUUGGCAGUUGGCGUUCAUGAAACGCCACAAAAAUUUGUCACUGCGAACACCAGAGCCGUGCGAAGCGAUUCAACAAAGAGAAUGUCGAUGCAUUCUUUGCCAACCUUUCAUCCGUUCUCGGUAAGACGCCAUUUGAACCUCACCGAAUAUGGAACAUGGAUGAAACCGGGUGCCCGACCGUGCCAACCAGACCUGUCAAAACCAUCGCGCGCAAAGGACAAAAGCAGGUCGGCUCAUCAACAUCUGCCAAAAAGGCACCAAUGUGUCUUUGGCUUUGGCCGUCAGCG